AUGGCCAACUCACCUCGCCCGUCAUCGAUUGCAGGGGGAUGCUUAUGCGGAGGCAUAAGAUACACAAUCAGUUUCACUCCGGAUAUGGACUGGCCAGCAACCAAGAAUGCAACCUGUCAGUGCACACGGUGCCGCAAAUUCACCGGAGGCUUGGUGCCCCAGCUCCUUAGCGUUCCUACUGCAAAUAUUCAACCACCACUAUCUUCUCAGCAGACGUAUAAGGCUUUCCAGACACCGGAGAAUCCCACCGGCCACAGAAUGUUUUGUUCCAACUGUGGUAGCUCGGUUGCGUACGUGAAUACCAACCGAGCACAUGAGACGGAGAUAUAUCUGGGCUCCUUGGACGAGGAAGUCCUGUGUGGAAGAAAAGGCGGGCGCAAGGAAACAGAAUGGGGAGUCUGGCAUGAACGGAGUGGUGGGUUGGGUAUGGAAAUCUGCAAGACACAAAGGCACAUCUGGAUUGAAAAUGCUAUCCCUGGCAUUACAGACGGCAUGGAGGGCCGUAAAUGGUUGCAGGAGCCGCCAGAAGGAAAGCCGUUUGAAGACUGCGAUCUCGCUGAGCUCAAGGCGAAACUUGUAAAUUAG